AUGGUUCCGCGGUCCGCGCGGAACUACCAUAAUAUGAUUUCCGCAAUCAAGGCCGUGGUGAGUGGUCAAAUGACUUGCAAUCAGGCCGCCAAUGUGUUCGAAGUAGCCCGGAACUUGCCCGAAUUUUUAACGACUUACCGGGGCACGCGGUUAUUAAAGCUCCGCGGCUACACAUUCAGCCGGCAGUGCGAGUCCGGCUUUAAGACACGAUGGUUCUGCAGUUCGCACCACAGCAAGGGUUGCAAAGCGUUCAUAUACACAUCGGCGGUGUUCGCGAGGACUGCGCGCGGCGCCAUGUCGAUCCUCAUCGACGGGUACAAGUUCAUCAGGCACCGUCAGUCGGCGAGCAAGACCCGAUGGUUCUGCGGCACCCACCACCACAAGGGUUGCCGCGCCGUCGUCUACACGACCUUCGACAAUGACGUCAUCAGGGUGCUCAACCAGCACAACCACCUGAGGACGCACACAGUCGACCAG